GAGCUGCGGUGAGAAAAAUAGUUGCCAAUUGCAACUAUCUCGUGACCUGUUUGGUUCCGCGUGAGUCGGUCACCGCCGACUUGGCCUCCACCUCGCUCUCUCUGCCUCACAUCAUGCCGGCGCCACCCCCGUUCUUCAUUUUGCGCGCGCACGCCGCGCCCCUCUCCGCACUCCAUUUCACGCCGGGCAACACGCACCUCCUCGCGGGCGACCAGGACGGCGUGGUGAGCGUGUCGGACCUCCGCACACGCCGUGUCGUCGCGAGCUGGGAGGCGCACAAGGGCGGCGUGCUCGGCGUCGGGGAGUGGGCGGGCGGCAUCAUCAGCCAGGGCCGCGAUAACGCUAUCCGACUCUACGCGCCGCUCUCGUCGGGUCCACCGGAAAUCACGCGCGAGAUGCCCGCCAACGCGCUCAACUUUUGCGCCUUCUCCCUCGCGCGCGUGCCCGGAGAGGAGACAGCACUGAUGGCCGUCCCGAACUUGACUGACUCGGAGCUGAUCGACAUCUACGCCCUCCCGUCGCUCGACCGUGUUGGCGCGGCUGUCAACUUCCUUCCGCGCGCCAAAGACGGGCCGCGGAGCGGCCUCGUGAUGUCGCUGCACCUUGCUGUUCUCCCCCAUACUGCCCCUCGAGAGGCGGAGGGCAAGGGCAAGGGCAAAGCUCGGACCGAGGACCAGCUCGCGCUCGUCGCGGCGUACGAAGACGGGCGCGUCGAGCUGUGGUCGUGCCCCCUCGCGGCAUUGCUGGAGCGGAGAGCGGAGUGGGACGGGCGCAAGAUGGCGGACAAGCUCUGGUCGCGUGUGUGGGAGGGAAAGGCGCACAACGAGGCUGUCAUGGCCAUGGCGGUGGACCGGGCGUUCGAGCGCGCGUUCACGGUCAGCGCUGACCACCGCGUCGUGCGCAUCGACCUUGCGGCACUGGCUGGAGAGGUCGCAAUCAAGGCGUAUCCGACACAGCAGAUUGGUAACUCUGCGCUCGCGGUAUCAGGCGACGGCCGGAUCCUCGCCGUCGGCGGGUGGGACGGGAAAAUCCGCUUGUUUUCCGCAGCGACACUGAAACCCCUGGGCGCCCUUGCAUACCAUCGCGAGUCGGUGCACGCUUUGGCUUGGGGCAGCCCCGACCCCGCGCCACCUCGACGAGCUGGUACGCUGGCUCUUGGCGCCGACAGCGACUCAGAUAGCGAGGACGGCGGAGGCGACGAGGCCGGUGAUCCCACAAACUGGCUCGCGAGCGGCGCCAAAGAUCGACGCAUCGCACUCUGGAACAUCGACAUUGCCCGAUAGCUAGUAGACACAAUACAUAGAUCUGGCCCUGCAUAGUGGGGCUUCUCUCUCCUAACUCUGCACCGGCCUCCCUCAAGGCUACACUCGCCGCUGCUGCUCGUACACUGUAAUGGCCUCGUCGACCCAUGGCAGCGUGAACAUGUCGCUGCGACGCAAGUCCUCCUCGCGCACGCUCGCGCCAUUCGCACCCGGCGCACCAAUCUGGUACCCGAGCAUCUGGUCGAGGUCACGUGCCUGCGCAGCGAGCCAGUUGUGAAUAAACGCGUGUGGUGAGGCACUGGUGUCAGCUGGUCUCUCCGAUACGGAGGCAGGACUCACGAGAACGAUUCCAGGAAGUCACGCUUCUGUUUGAGAUCGCGGGCAAAGUACGCGAGC